AUGUCAUUAGAACUUAAAAGAAUACUUGAGGAAAUCAUAAAGAUGAAUCAAAAGUCUGACUAUUCGGUGGAAGCAUCCAUCAGAAAGCUUUUUAUUAUGUGCGAUAUUACUAUUAUGGAUUUUAAUAAGAAAAUUAAUUAUAUAAAAGAGACUUACUCUAUAAAUCAUACAAAGAAAGGUCAAUCCAAACAACCUUUUUUAAAUUCCGACAACAAUAACAUUCAAAAUCAAAAGAAAAGUAAUUUAUCAAAUAGUCGUUUCACAAAAAAGAAGAAUCCCAAUAGAAAUAGUAUUGGAAUGGUAAUUUAUAAUGUAACAUUGGCGCCAAAUACUUAUCAAACACUUUAA